GUUCCCGACUGCACCCCCGCACCACCCCUAGCCCCCAUUACACCACCCCAGCCCCCAAACCUUCUUGCACCCCCUGCUGCACGCCAACCCCCUGCACCCCCACUGACUGUACCGUCUAGCAUGACCCCACUACGCUGCCACAACCGUGCACCGCCCCCUGACUGCACCCCCAGCUCCCCACUGCAUCCCUUAGCCCCCCUGCACCGCCCCAACCCCCUACACCGCCACUGAUUGCACCCCAGCCCCCCACGGCAACCCCAGCACUCCCUACACUGCGCUCUGCACCCCCCCAGCCCCCCCGCAUCCUGCCCACCUCCCCCGCCUUUCCUGCGCCCCAUCCAGCCCCCCGUACCCCUACCUCUACCCCACCGACUCCCCUGGACACACACACACCGGACCCAGAAGUUUGGGGUACAAACUUUCCAGUGUGAGCACCUAAUGAUCGCCCGCCCUGCCCUGCCCUCUACCCCGCCCCCGCGUGCCGGGCCCGAUUCCCCCGGGAAGGUGGGGGGGAGGGGGGUCUGAGCUGGGCCUGGAGUCUGCGCCCCUCCCCCACCUGCUGCGUGCGCGCCCUCUGGCGGCGAACCCCGGGUGCUGCGCCUGCCGCGCCAGCCCCGUCUGAAAUUACCGCGCAGGGAACUAACCCUGCGGCCCAGAAUAGCGCGGCCUGGCGGGGGCGGGGGCCGGUUGUACCGGGACCCCUCGCUUGGCGCUGGCAUGCAGCUGCCUCUGGAGUGGUGCGGGGGCUGUUUGUACAAGGACCCCUCACACAGGGGCAGGGGCCAGUUAUACAGGGACCCCUCGCCUGGCGCUGGCAUGCAGCUGCCUCUGGGGUGGGGCAGGGGCUGGUUACAAAUCUCCCCACACAGCAGUUUGAGAGAGAAGCUGAAGAGGAAAAGCCUGCAUCCCACUGACGCGGCCGGGGCCAAACGCAGGCAGCAAAGUGGCAUUUGGCCCAGGGGUCCCGACCUGACCCCCCGGAGGCCCCACCCCACGCCCUGCCACACAGCGCCCCCUAGUGCCGCACUGGGCUCAGCACUGGCUGCCAGGGGACUCGCACACACCUGCAGCGCAGUCCCUGGCCGGACCGACAGGGGUCUCGGCAGGUGCAGGGAGGGGAUCUCCCCUCUGGGCUUGGCGCAGGGGCCACGUGGCUGGAUCCGUGCCCAGUGCUGGGCCCUGUGCUCCCCGCGCCUGGUGCUGGGCCCCCCACAUUUCCUGCGGCUGGUGCUGGGCCCCCUGCGCUCCCUGCCGGCUAGUGAGACGCUGGGGAGGGGCCGGAGCAGAGCCCUGAGGAUGAUUCAAGGGUUCAAAGCCCUGCCCCAGAGCCAAGCUGCCAGGAGCUCCCACUGUUCAGCCGGGCCCAGGGAGGGUUGUGGGGGACUUGGUCCCUAUCUCUCGGCUCCGGGGUCGGGGGCUCUUCACUUCAGCAGCGAAAGGCCAGACGCGCCCUGGCCGGGAGGGGGAGCUAGACCCGGUCGGACAGGGCAUUGGGAGACCACAAGCUGGACCACGGAUCCCCCGUCCCUGACCAUGUGAAAUCCCUGAGCUCUGAGAUCUGCUCCGGUGAUGGUUUGGGGGCCGGGCUGUGGCCUGUGUGGUGCACACAGAUCCCUACUGCCCUGAGAAUUCCCACCCCACUCCCUGCAACACAGGUCCCCUCGGCUGGCCCUGGGGACCAGAGAGUACCCCCCCGAAUCCCCCAUCCCAGUCCCCCAGCACCGUGGAAGUCUCCUAGCCAAGCGUGAAGCCUGCCAGCAGCUGUUCGAGCUAGUGCGUGAGGCCGGAAGGCUGCAGAGCUGGGCAGGACCCGCGGGGGCGGGCAUGCAGUGGGGCGCAUCUCCUGCUGAUGGGCACCGAGGAGAAAAGCCAGGACCCGGACGGACGCUUUGCACAUGCAGAGCCGGCUGCAGCACGCAGGGCUUCUGCUCCGCACCCCGGCACCAGGAGACGUGAACCCCGACCACCAUGGAGACGGGGCCAGCGUGGGUCUGUGUCCUGAUCCCCCUCUGCCUCUUGCCGGGCCCAUCCCCAAGGCUCCGGCUGGUGAGCUGUGGUGUGUCCCCACCCCCACAGGACAUCUUUGCCACGAGCUCUGCACAAACACGACAGCGCUGUGCAAUGGGACCACCUCGAAUGUGACCGAGGUCCUCCCGGCCCCCAGCACCCCUUGGCCCAGGCGCCCCGUGGUCAGGGUGCAAACCAGCCCGGCCGCCCAGCUCCUGGCGGAGAACAGCCUUGUGAAGGUGGAGGCUGGCCUCACCUCUGUGACUGUCCCUGAGGGGGGCCGGGCGACCCUGGAGUGCCGGUUCGAAGCCCCGUCUGGGGCCCGGGUCACCUGGAGCCGAGCCUCUCGGAACUGCAGCGAGCCCAUCCUGGUGGCCAAUGGCACCGGUCCCCAGCACAGCGUGGCCAUCACCGCAGGCACCGGCAUCUCCAUCCUCAGCUUCCACUCCGCCAGGAAGAGCGACAUCGGCCUGUAUUUCUGCCAGGUGCAAACUGACGAGGCCUGGGGCCAGUCGUGCGGCACCUACCUGCGGGUUCGCAAACCCAUCCCGGUUCCAUUCCUGAACAUGCGGGAAUCCACCAAGAACCAGCUGAUCACCGCCGAGGGCAUCCUGCUCCUGUUCUGUGCUGUGGGGCCCGGCAUCUUCCUCCUCUUCAGGAGAUGGGAGAAUGAGCGGCUGCUGCAGUCCAAGAAGAACGAGUACGAAGAGGAGAAUCUGUACGAGGGCCUGAACCUGGACGAGUGCUCCAUGUACGAGGACAUCUCGCGGGGCCUGCAUGCCACCUACCAGGACGUGGCCAACCUCCACGUGCUCGACAUGCAGCUGGAGAAGCCGUGAGGGGGGCACCGGCUGUGACCCGGGGACCUCUUGGUGCCAGCUGGGUCCCUGGGUCUGGUCUCUCCACGGCAGUUUGUCCCAGGCUGCUGGGUGAGGCCUCCGCCGCAAGCCUGCGUCACCCUGAUUGUCGCCACGCUGGGAGGGGAGGGGAGUUGUGCGUUUACACGGACCGUUCUGCUCUGGGGGCCUGGGAGCCGGGUGCUCUCCCCAAGGGGAGAACCGAGUUCCUCUCAGGCAGGAGACGCUUGUCGGGCUAAAUGUCACGUCGCAAUGGGUGCGCUCCCCACUGAGCGAAGUGCGGGGCAAGGCACGGUGAACUCGCCGGGGAGAUCUCAGCAGACCCCGCAGCAGCGGGAAGUGUGGACCGAUGGCAGAGGGUGCAGAGAUCCACCCGGGUACCCUUCACCUGGGGACAGACUGCCGGGGUGCUUGUCUUACAAUGGGGGGGGGGGCGGGGGUGUCGCAGCCCACUGAGUCGUUAAUUUAGGUGAGCUAAACUUCAUUAGCGCAGCAGUGUCUUGUCACUUCCCGCUGGGCGUGUUAUGAGUUUAUUUUACAUGUAGCCGUUUCUCUCUGCCUCUCGCUGUCACUCCAGUCUGUUCAAUAAACGUGUCCGUGUUCUCUCGCUAAA